AGCAGGCUGCCUGUCUGCUGGACCAGCCACGCCAUCCAUUUAUCCUGACGGGCUUCAUGGAUGUCUGGGCUCGCACUGCGGGGUUCAGGUAGUGUCGAAGCGGGCAGUUCGCGCACCGAGGCACCGAGGGUGGACAAGGGCUCGCCCGGGCUGAUUGAGCGUUUGCAGGAGCGUCUGUCUGCUUCAGGAGGCUGCGCAGACAAUAAAGGAGAGGCAGCAGCAGCAGAGUGCACACAGGGACGCCCUGAAUAAGAAGCCAAAUUCUGCACUGCAGUGGAUUUCCUCAGGUGUGUGUGUGUACGUGUGUGAGUGUGUAUAAGUGUGUGUGGGUGUCUGACUUUAGUAGACUCAGUGUAGCCUCUGUACACUUUUUCUCAUUAACAUCGGAAGAACCUGCAGAAGCUUUGGGGCAUCGUCUGGAGGUCGCCCCGUCCUAGAAAACUGUGCCAUCCUCCAGUUUUCAGACCAUCCAGCCUACCCCUCUCCGCUCCCUCCUCUUUUUCUUUUCCCAUCACAGGCACAGUGUGGUGGCUGGUCAGUCUGUCUGUCCAUUCAGAUCAUACAGACCUGCAGGCCUUCAGACAGGAGAGCUGUGACUGACGGGUGGAUUCAUACUGUGGAUUUUUAAAGUACUGCAUUUAUAGUUAAACCAAUCUGCAGUAUUAAAGCAAAGACCCGUUGGCUGUUCAAUUCAGUGUCACUGCACUCGGAGGACAAAUAUUUUCGGAUUAAGAAGGUUGGACCUGCUCUUCAUGGGGUUGUAGGACUAAAUAAAGUGUCGAAUUCCACCUCAGGGAUCAGAUUUUUAUCAUUUCCACUGUGUCAUCCAAGUCAGCACGACACAGCAAAUCUCAGGCGCCCUCACAGGUUUCCCAGGUUUAGGUUGACUUCCAGUUUCUCCUCAGGGAUUUUUAACUAACAGAGUUUGCGUUUGGUAUUUUUCAAGCCGUUAAUUUCAGUUUUAACACAGCAAAUCUCAGGCAACAUCUAUAUUUUUGGCUUUUAGAACAGCCCUAUAAACUGUUGUUGCCAUGGCAUCUGACAGUUUCCAGUACCGGGCGCUCUUUGAGUACAAGCGAGAGCGUGGUGAUGACAUCAGCCUCCAGCCAGGUGACCUGCUCACCGUCCCCAAGGCCUCGCUGAUGUCAGUGGCAGGGCUGGACUACCAGGACGGGGACGAGCGGAGCCCCAAAGGCUGGCUGCACGGCACCAACGAGAGGACCAAGGACAAGGGAGACUUUCCAGGGACUUUUGUGGAGUACGUAGGGGUGGUGAGGGUCGGCCCUCCUGCGGCUAAAUCCUGGCCCAGGCCUGUACCACCAACCCCUGGGGGGGUGCAGACCGCUGUGGGGGCUCAGCCUCCUGGAGCAGCUGCUGCUUCAGGUGUGGAAGCAGAGCUUCUGUCUGAAGCAGCUCCUGUGGUUAUUUGGAGACUCAUUGAGGCCAUCGAGAAACACGGUUUAAACAAUGAGUCUCUGUAUCGAGCUCCUCCAGCCUCCAGUGGACCUGCAGAGCUGCGGCAGGCACUAGACUCAGAUCCAGUCUCAGUGGACCUGGACCAGUAUGAUGUGAUUUCUCUGACUGAUGCUCUCAAAGGUUUCCUUCAGGACCUGCCUGCCCCUAUCAUCCCCGCCUCAGUCUACAGCGAGUUGGUCUACACUGCUCAAGAGAGUCAGAGUGUGGAGGAGUGUGGGGAGAGGCUGAAGAGGAUCCUGGAGUCUCCCAGCAUCCCUCAGGCCAACCACCAGCUCCUGGUCCACCUCAGCAGACACUUGGCCCGGGUCAGCCAGCACAGCCAGGUCAGCCCCCGGGUGCUGGGACAGGCCUUUGCCGAGGCCAUCUUCAAGCACUCUCCUCUCAGCGCAGACGUGAACCCAGAGCAUCACGUCAGAAUCUUGGAGGCUCUGAUCGCAACAGGAGGUCUCAUGGAGAUGCAGGCUGCACCAGCUCUUCCUCCCAAGCCAGCAAAGCCGCAGCAGCCCUCAUCAGUCGGGGUGGGGGGAGGCAGCAGCAAUGGCACCAAGGAUGGAGGAGCAGGAGGCUCACUGCAAGAGGCUGAGUGGUACUGGGGUGACAUAUCCAGGGAGGAGGUGAAUGAUAAGCUCAGAGACAUGCCUGAUGGGACCUUCCUGGUACGGGAUGCUUCCACCAAGAUGCAGGGCGACUACACACUCACACUGAGGAAAGGGGGAAACAACAAGCUGAUAAAGAUCUACCAUCGGGACGGGAAGUACGGCUUCUCUGACCCCCUGACCUUCAGCUCGGUGGUGGAGCUCAUCAGCCACUACAGACACGAGUCUCUGGCUCAGUACAAUACCAAGCUGGACGUGAAACUCAUGUACCCCAUCUCCCGCUUCCAGCAGGACCAGCUGGUAAAGGAGGAUAAUAUUGACGCCGUGGGGAAGAAGUUGCAGGAAUACCACAAUCAGUACCAGGAGAAGAGCAAAGAGUACGACAGACUGUACGAGGAAUACACCAAGACAUCGCAGGAGAUCCAGAUGAAGCGGACGGCGAUCGAAGCCUUCAAUGAGACCAUCAAGAUCUUCGAGGAGCAGUGCCACACGCAGGAGCGCUACAGCAAGGACUACAUCGAGCGCUUCCGGCGCGAGGGCAAUGACAAGGAGAUUGAGAGGAUCAUGAUGAACUACGAGAAGCUCAAGUCUCGGCUCGGAGAGAUUCACGACAGCAAGGUGCGGCUGGAGCAGGACCUGAAGACACAAGCCAUGGACAACCGAGAGACAGACAAAAAGAUGAACAGCCUGAAGCCCGAUCUCAUACAGCUCCGCAAGAUCAGGGACCAGUAUCUAGUCUGGCUCAAUCACAAAGGAGUUCGUCAGAAACGAAUUAACGACUGGCUGGGAAUCAAGAACGAGAACACUGACGAAGGCUACUUUGUGAGCGAGGAGGAUGAGAACUUGCCUCAUUACGACGAGAAGAGCUGGUUCGUCGGGGACCUGAACAGGACGCAGGCGGAGGAGCUGCUCAUUGGGAAGCCAGAUGGAGCAUUCCUCAUCCGAGAGAGCAGCAAAAAGGGCUGCUACGCUUGCUCUGUAAAUGUUGAAGGUGAAGUGAAGCACUGCGUCAUCUACAGCACACCCCGCGGCUUCGGCUUCGCUGAGCCCUACAACCUGUACAGCAGCCUGAAGGACCUGGUGCUCCACUACCACCAGACCUCCCUGGUGCAGCACAACGACUCGCUCAACGUGCGCCUCGCAUACCCCGUCUACGCACAGAUGCCCUCCGGACGCAGAUGAACCCCACCCACCAGGCCACACCCCCACAUAGACAUCAAACCAACCCCCUCUUGGGGAAGGGAGAACGGGGAAAGUGAAGGAAGGAAGGAGGGAGGGGGGAUUGGUUGAAAUACAAAGCAACCCCAACACCAGACCCGAUAAAGAUAGAAACGCUUGCUGCAACACACACGUCAGCCACCUUGGAGUUAUAUAUUUUUACAAGAACAAUUUCGGAGGGCAUUCUUUCUAAAGACUGCUUGAUUUGCACAAGGAAGUUUUAAAUGUUUGUGAAUGUGAAAAAAAAAUAAGCGACUGAAGGAAGGAAGGAAAGAAGGAAACGAAGUAGGAGACUUCAGAGUUUCAGGUUGACCCCGCUGCUACCUAAACUCCAGCUCAGACUUUUUACCAGAAACUCAAAAACCACGCAAAUGACGACGAAGACGACAACAAAACAUUCCCAUUUGAAAUCUUUUUCUUUUUUUUUUCGUUAUUUUUAUUUUACACCUCAGAUGGUUAUAUUAAGACGUUUCUGUUUUCUGGAGUCGUUUUCAUGUUUCCGAUGUUUCCUUUGGUUUCUCGUAGCUUUGUUUGUGGUAAAUGCAAGAGGAGAUGAUGUCAAGUGUCUGUUCUGUCCCUCUCCGUACGAAAAGCAAAAAUAAUGUAGCAUAACGAGACAACGAACACUUGUUUUAUGAAGUGUUCCUCCAUGUAGACUGCUGCUGAAGGGUUUAGGGGGAGGGUGGGGG